GGUUAAAAAAAGCGAAGUGGCAGAAGAAGGAAAGAAAGAGAGCGCAGCGGGGGUGAAGGGAGCGGACGGGCAGCGAUUUUUGCCGACUCUGGACUCGUCCCCGGCGUGCGUAAGAAUGGCGGCCCUUCCCGGCACCGUCCCCAGGAUGAUGCGGCCGGCGCCCGGGCAGAACUACCCGCGCACCGGCUUUCCUCUGGAAGUGUCCACACCACUUGGCCAAGGCCGGGUCAAUCAGCUUGGCGGGGUCUUCAUCAACGGGCGACCCCUGCCUAACCACAUCCGCCACAAGAUAGUGGAGAUGGCCCACCAUGGCAUCCGGCCCUGUGUCAUCUCCCGCCAGCUGCGUGUCUCCCAUGGCUGUGUCUCCAAGAUUCUCUGCCGCUACCAGGAGACCGGGUCCAUCCGGCCUGGGGCCAUCGGAGGCAGCAAGCCCAGACAGGUGGCGACUCCGGAUGUGGAGAAAAAGAUCGAGGAGUACAAGAGGGAAAACCCAGGCAUGUUCAGCUGGGAGAUCCGAGACCGGCUGCUAAAGGAUGGGCACUGUGACCGCAGCACGGUGCCCUCAGGUUUAGUGAGUUCGAUUAGCCGCGUGCUCAGAAUCAAGUUCGGGAAGAAAGAGGAGGAGGAUGAAGCGGACAAGAAGGAGGAGGACGGCGAGAAGAAAGCCAAGCACAGCAUCGACGGCAUCCUGGGAGACAAAGGGAACCGGCUGGACGAGGGCUCGGAUGUGGAGUCGGAACCCGACCUCCCUCUGAAGCGCAAGCAGCGUCGAAGUCGGACCACGUUCACGGCCGAGCAGCUGGAAGAGCUGGAGAAGGCCUUCGAGAGGACCCACUACCCGGACAUCUACACCCGCGAGGAGCUGGCGCAGAGGACCAAGCUGACGGAGGCGCGUGUCCAGGUCUGGUUCAGUAAUCGCCGCGCCCGUUGGCGGAAGCAGGCAGGAGCCAACCAGCUGGCAGCGUUCAACCACCUUCUGCCAGGGGGCUUCCCGCCCACCGGCAUGCCCACGCUGCCCCCCUACCAGCUGCCGGACUCCACCUACCCCACCACCACCAUCUCCCAAGACGGGGGCAGCACCGUGCACCGGCCCCAGCCCCUCCCGCCGUCUACCAUGCACCAGGGGGGGCUGGCCGCCGCGGCCGCCGACACCGGUUCUGCCUACGGAGCCCGCCACAGCUUCUCCAGCUACUCAGACAGCUUCAUGAACCCGGCGGCGUCCUCCAACCACAUGAACCCUGUCAGCAACGGCCUGUCUCCCCAGGUGAUGAGCAUUCUGAGCAACCCCAGCGCCGUGCCACCGCAGCCGCAGGCCGACUUCUCCAUCUCCCCGCUGCACGGCGGUCUGGACUCGGCCACCUCCAUCUCGGCCAGCUGCAGCCAGCGGGCCGACUCUAUCAAGCCGGGAGACAGCCUGCCCACCUCCCAGUCCUACUGCCCGCCCACCUACAGCACCACCGGCUACAGCGUGGACCCCGUGGCUGGCUACCAGUACGGCCAGUACGGCCAGACUGCUGUUGAUUACCUGGCCAAAAACGUGAGCCUCUCCACACAGCGUCGCAUGAAGCUUGGGGAACAUUCUGCUGUGCUGGGACUCCUGCCUGUGGAAACUGGCCAGGCCUACUAGGGACCCUGGGGCGACUUGCCCCAGACCAAGUCCCAGCCCAAUCCUUACUGAUCCCUGAGCCUCCCAGCCUCAGCCCUUUCAUUACCCUGGGGUCUCAGGAGACCAGGAAAGGAGCCCACUCCCUUCUCAUAGCCAGCCCUCUGGAGAUGUGCAGCCAGUCUACCGUUCACCUAUGCUUAGGAACCCAGAGCAACCCCCUUGGAGUCUGCCCCUCCACUUUCUCUCCAGGAGGGUUUCUGUCAGCCUGCAGCCAUUCCCCCAGUCAAAUCCUGUCGUGGCCUCUGUGCUAUCUCAGGCACAGAGGUGGAAGCUCACCCCGAAUAGAGCAACCUGGGCACCCAAAGGAGGAUGGUAUCUGGGAUGAGGUACUGGAGCCCUUUGGACCCGACGCCAGAGGUGGGGGUGGAGCUCACAGGGUCCCUCCCAGCUGGAAGUGCUGGGAGCCAGCCCUCUCCUCCCAGGUGGAUCUCUGGCCCAGGGCCCGAACCACAGCCCAUUCCUCCUCUGGAUGCUGGGACGCCAGCAGAGAGGGGAUCCUAGUCCUGGGGUCUUCCCAGGGGAAUCACCCAGGAAUUCUGAGGACUCCAGGACCCUCCCCACACACCUCUGCUGGGUGUAGGGGGUGGGAAUCUAGCCCAGGUGGGGGCUCCAGAAGGACCAGGCAGAGGCUUACCCGGGGAGAGGGGCUCAUCAGCAGUGGGCGGCCAGCAGCCAAAGACCCAACCCAGGCACCCCGAAGCAGCAGGCUCCUAGACUGAAGUCCGGGUUCCAGCCUUGCUCACCCCGUGCGGGGCCUAGGGAGCCCACGGGCUCUUCAGUUUCCCAUUCUCUGAAUCAGGCGGGAGGGGGAAGGGAGCAAGUCGUGUAUGGAGAGGCAGAGGGCAGAGGGCAGGCUCAGAAGGGCGUUGCUUAGCUGGGGUUCCUGUGCUUGUGGAGAGCAGCCCUUUGUUGCCAGAGGUUUUAGUGCUGUGCCUUCAAGCCCACGACCCCUGGAGCUGCGAUUUCUCACAAAGCCUCCCUUGGAGAGCUGAGCCUGUCCCCUCCAUGCCUGGCCCUCUGGUAAGGGCACCUUCAUCUGCCCCUUAAGCUGCUGGGGAGCAGAGGGCUUCCCUUGGAGCUCUGGAGGGGGGUUAUGGGACCAGCAGGGACUGCUUGUCCACAGGCAAAACCACAGACUCCCCUUAACAUUUGGUGGCGGGGGGCGGGGGGGGGCAGUGGAAGGGGCAUGUCAUUGUCCCACUGACAGUGGCACCUUUCAGUGUUGAUCCACUCUAGGUCGAGAGGGCCCUGUCUACUCAUCCAGUACAGCUAGGUGGGGGCAGAUGUGGCCAGUGUUCAGGCCACCGCUCCUAGACAGGUGGGGGAUGCCCAAGGUUCCAGAGACUAGGGGAAAGGCGCCUUCCUUGGCCACGCCGGUGGCUUCUUCAUAUCCCUUCUCUUUAAAAGUUGAAAUCUUUGGGGAAUGGUUCGAGCCCCUCACUUUGCCUCCCUUGGAACUUUUUACUACCUUCACCUAUUUAUCAAAAUUAUAUUUGUCUCCACCAUCACCAUUGUUAUCAUCUAUACUUGGAUCACCUUUAUCAAGUGCUGCUAGGUUAGAGGCACUUGUGACAGCUGGGCACAUGAGGCCACCUCUUUGCUCAACCCAUGCCGCUUGCUCUCAGCCAACAAGACAUUCCCGGAGGGAAGGGCUGCUGCUUUGGGAUUCAGUCAACCCGAGUACCUCCCUCCUGGGGAACUGGGCUGGCAAGAUGCUAGGACACUUUCCUGCGUGGAUGCCGCUUCUGUGACAAAUGCUCACCUGUUUUCUCAUCUUCAGACUUGGUAACAUCAAGCCUGUCCUGGACCACGGCCAGGGUGGCUCGUAUCUCUGGUUUAGAGGAACCUAUGGAUACACGGAGACAAACAGACUCUUUGGUAGCAGCAGAUACCUGGACAUGUGUGGCCCAUGGAGGUCAGCCCAGUUUUCAACUGGGGCAUCUACUGCGGGAGACUUUUGGUUCUUCAGGCUCUGGACAGAAAGGAAGACUGUGUUGUCCCUUGGUGACCCAGUCCCCAUGUUUGUAACCAUCACAGCCAGGAAGCAGCUCUUAAGAUCAACCACAGUCUUCAUCCACAUUCCUUGAAUGGUCAGUCCUCCCCCCUGGAGGCCUGGCUCAGAGCUCUCAGGCAGGUGACAUCAAAACCACCCAGCCUCACUCCCAGGAGGUGACAUUCCCAUGCUAGGACCAAUCUCAAAUCCCCCCCCCCCCCCCCGCCGGCCCCCAUGAUGAAAUGGGAAUAAACCAAGUGAUUUCUCUUUAUGUCCAAUUUCUCUGGAGUUCUCCCAAGCCACCAUCUUGGUAGAAAAUGGGACUUAUUCUCCCUGAAGCCCCACCCCCACCUGGCAAAAUUUCCCUAAAAUCCUGUGUAUUAAUGUGUCUAGCCAACUCAGUCCAUAAAACUCCAUCUUGGGCUGGCAGCUCACAACCUCACCGGACAGAUGAUGUGGGACAAGAGGUACAAGGCUUCAAACUCUUGAGGGUUGACCACAGCCUAAGAAAGAAGGCCUGAAUCCCCGUGGCCAGGUCAGCCCAGAAGCAAUCCCCAUCCAUUCCUGUAAAUAGAAUCCAUAGCAAAAUAAGAGAUGUUUCCUCCAACUUACCACAAGUAGCUGUUGGUCCUACCUAUGGGGGGGGGGGGAGGUCCCUCUUCUGAGCUCAUUGUACAUUAGUUGGAAAUGUGGUGAUGUGCUGUUCGUUUAUAGGAAGUCGACUUUUAUAUAAAUAAAUAUAUAUAUAUAUAUAUAUACUAAAAAAGGAAAGAAAACCCCCACAGUGUGUGUCGUGCUAGUGGCCAGAGACCAUCUGUAGGGAUAUAUCUGCAUAUUGUGUGUUUCAAUUUAUACAUUCCAGUCUCUGUUGGGUUCUUUCAUUUUUAUUGCUUUCUUUUUUUCAUUUGCUGUUUCUCUCUUGCUAUGAAAAAAGAAAGAAGUGAUGUGUAAGAACCAAGCUAUGCUUCACACUCUUAUUUUUUACUUGAUUUACCUUUGCCAUUCUUUUGCCAGAAGAACAUGAAGAAGAGAGAUAGAGGAAUGAGACAGAAGGAAAGAAGGAUGAAGAGGGGGGGUUGCCCGAAGACAAAUGAGAAGGUCAGAUUUCCAAUCUGACUAUGGCUUGAGAGCAGAGCAGGUCCGAGACUUGGCCCAGACUCCACGGAGAUCCAAUGUUGUUUCAGAUGGAGCUUUUGAAGCAUGCUGAGAUUUGGAUCCUGGAACUUGGUGAAAUUCCAUGAUUGCCCGAAAAAGACAUUCUCUGGGGCCUCUCUCAGGUUGAUGUUCUCGCCCAGCUCCCGAUGUUCCCUUCACUACUAGAUGCUUUUUGGGGUUGUCCGCUCUCUCCUGCAAAGGCACCGAACCGAGACCAAAAUGGGGGUACUCCGGCCGCCAUCUUGAAAUGCUCAGAGGCAGCUGUGUACUGGGGACUCUUUCUGUCAGCUCUAACACGGCCAAUCCCCCACCUGGGACGUAUCCACAUAGCACUCUAGAUCAUUCCUUCUUCCUAGUGAUUGCAACUCGGUUGCUUUCGUGUUUGACUCACAGCCAUAUGCCUCCAUGUAGAAGUGAGUGUGUGUGCUUGAGAGUGUGAGUGGGGCGUGUGAGUGGGCUUGUGGGUGCAAGGGUGUGUGUUUAAAUAUAAUCGCACCAUAAUUUAUUCAGCUAUAUGGAGUAGUAGAUUAGAAAGAGAAACUGGCAUUUGCUUUAACUACCUGCUUGUGAGCGCUUCCUCUGUAACUCAGGCGUAACUGUUAUACAUUAAAAGAAAUUAAAGCAUU